CUGCCAGACUUGUCAAAGGAUAUGAAGACAAACGCUGACUCCUUCUUCUAAAGAGCUAAAAUUCUGCUUACGACGAGACAUCAGCAGCAUCCCGUUGGUCAAUAAGAGUGGAGGUGGAUGCAGAAGAAUCGGCUUAGAAAGGUUUCCAUAAACUCUGCCUUCAAGUCGUAUUAGUCAUGGAGUUACAGAAGGUCGAUUAGUGCUUAUGCAAGAGCCCAUAACAUCUGAGUGCUGCCAAGAAAUGUACAGUGAAGACACACUGGCAAAGGAAAACAAGCAGAUUUUUUAUGGAAAGAAGGAGGAGCCAACAACAGGACAAUCUGUGUCACCUGACUGCUCGGACUCACAGGAAAUGACAUCAGAAGGGUUGGAGUGUGCCCACAGGGAGGGGGCUUUGACUCGGGAGGAGGGAAGGAAACAUUCACACUUCUCUGUCAAGCAGAAGAGACCAUGUGGACAGACAGAUGGAUCCAAAGUGGAGGACAGCUUCCAAAGGUCCAAACCAAGGGGCCCGACGCCCUGCUCUAACAAAGGACAUUACAAAGACAUCAAGAUAGAGGAGCCUCGUGGACUUGGGCCAUUCUACUUCUUUGGAGGAACCAAUGGGGCUGAAAUAGUGUGCAGCUACUGCGAGAGGAGAGGAUGGAAGAGAAUUUAUAACAAGCAAAGGGAAGAUUUCAGGCUCAAGUGGUGCGAGACCAAAUCUCAAAUGAACUACAGCCGCUUCAAGCAAGGUAGACACUUGGUGUUCCAGAUACCCAACAACAUGGUUCUCACCACUAAAAUCGGCCUCCUCACCAGCCUGCGGGAAUUUGAGAGAAUAAGCAGCAGAAUCAAAUAUAAAGACGGACACAGGAGGCUGAAAAUGGAGGAGUUCAUUCCUACAACGUUCCGCAUGGAUGUGAAGGAAGAGAGGGAAGAUUUCUUUUCCCGCAACGCCCCACAGGAGGGUGAAACAGACUUGGAGAACGCAGAGAGCAGCAUGUGGAUCUGUAAGCCCACGGGCCUGAACCGGGGCAAAGGAAUCUUCCUCCUGAAGAACCAGCAGGAGGUGGCCGAAUUCAGACUGAAGCUACAGAAGAUGGAGGAGUACCAGGCUGAGCGUAAGAUGCCUCUCCGCCCGAUUCAGGCUCACAUUGUCCAGCGUUACAUCCAGAAACCCCUUCUACUAAACGGCAGAAAGUUUGAUGUGCGCUCUUACCUUCUCAUUGCCUCCACUGCGCCCUACAUGGUCUUCUUUCGUCAUGGGUAUGUCCGACUGACGUGUGACGUCUACGAUCCCAGAUCCAAAAACCUCUCUGCUCAUCUCACCAACCAGUACAUGCAGAAGAGAAACCCUUUGUACAGCCUGCUCAAGGAGGACACUGUAUGGUCUAUGGAGAGCUUCAACACCUACGUCAACGAAAGGUUUCAGGUUGCCAAGGGCCUGCCCAGGGACUGGGUGCUGGGAGCCUUUGCGAAGCGCAUGCAACAGAUCAUGACCCAGUGCUUCUUUGCCGUCAAGACCAAGUUAGACUGCCGCCCUGGAUUCUUUGACUUGAUUGGCUGCGACUUCAUGAUCGACGAGGACUUCAAGGUGUGGCUUCUGGAAAUGAACUGUAAUCCAGCCUUACACAGAAACUGCGAGGUGCUGAAGGAGGUGAUACCCCGCACUGUUGGAGAAGCACUGGAUUUAGCUCUGGAGCUGUUCAACAAGUGUCGUCUCAGGCAGCAAAUCCUUCCUUUAGUCAAUCAACAGGACUUUGUACUGCUGUAUUGCGGUGUCUUAGGACAUGUCGACAACAAGAGGACCGAUAGUAGUGAGUUCUACCAGAAAGCUAAAAACAACAGGAAGCCCAGACAGCACAAGACCAGGACAGAGAUCACAAAAGGGAAUGUUGCACCACAGGAGGAUCCUCUGACUGAAGUCACUGAGACAGAAACGUUACCUCUUUAUCAAAACGCACUGUCAGUAGGUGGAUGCCAGAAGGUUGUCAGGAGGAAGACCGCAGUACCUGGAGUCAGACAGAAGCUGAGCAAAUGCGAUUCUGCUGAGGGUCGUUUGAAAGCCGAAGAUGAUGGGAAGCAACCGAAGGCUUAGCUGAAGAGAAAGAUCCCCACGUUUCUGUCAUCGUUUACAAUCCAGGUGACUUCAGUUCUGUCUGCAGGCCUUCUGAUAAAAACUCAAACGGUUUUGGUUGACAAUAAAGACUGCCUUUCUCUUCCACAA